UUUCACUUUUUACCUUUUUACAUUUUUUAUACAAUCCGUGUUAAUCGAAGCCAAAAAUCGAAAACUUUAAUGACGAAAUUAAACGUACUAAAAAUAAUUUAAAUGAAAAGAUUGUGUACUUGAUAUGUCUAUUUGGGUAGGACCCAUCGUAUCAGUAAAACAGCAUCCACGAUCCGCGAAAACUUAUACACCAAAGCCACAAGCAAGAAAAGAACCCAAACCAAGUCCCGUCUUGGACGAAAAAAGCACCAAAUCUGAAAAACCCGACCAAAAUAAACUCGAAACCAAAGCGGAAAAAGAAGAAAAAGUCCGAAGCUUAAACAAGAAGAGAGUUGAUUUUGUAAUAGUGUACAGGAAAAGCACCCUAACCGACGACUCCAUCACAAAAAUCGAAACCUUCCUUUUAAAUUUGGAACAAAAGGGGUUUGAGCUUGAAAUUUCAGGUUUUUCAGUAAACACAGACAUAGAUUUUGUCAAAAUUCACGCCCCUACAAGGGUCCUCUUGCAAUUCGCUGAACUGUUUGGAAUAGAACUAGCCUACCACUACAAGGAUUACAGAGUCGGAGCCACCAAACCGUUCAACUUCAUGGCCACUAUAUUGACAUCUCCGAAUGUGAUGCACCCUGUAUAUGAAAGGGCAAGACCAAUACUGUCCGAGGAUAUCCCUCGAACCAUCACGAAUGCAGAAAAGGGUUUAGUAAUAUACAGGGUGUUGUCAAAAAAUCCAUACGGGGAGAGUGACCAAGACUGCGGUAUUAAAAAACUGAUAAGUACGAAUAUUUUUGAGUCGGCUUUUCCGAUCCAUGAUGGGCAGUGGCAGUGGACGGAAGAAGGGCCUCUCAAUGAGCGACAAUUGUUGGACAAGUAUUGGAGUAGUCUGCGCUGUUUUUACAAACAACAGCCUUUGGACCUCAUUCAUAAGUAUUACGGGCCUGAAACGUCGUUUUACUUUGCGUGGUUGGGUUACUAUAAUACGAUGUUGAUUCCAGCGUCGGCUUUAGGGGUUUUUUGUUUCAUUUUAGGUUUGUUAAUUUUCGAGGAUAUUUUUACGGCGCGAAGUAAAGAAGUGUGCGAAAGCCCAAUUAUGCUCUGUCCGCAGUGCCAUUUCAAAAAUUGCAAGUUUGAACCUUUGAAAAAUUCCUGUUUUCAUGCACAUUUGAUCUAUUUGAUGGACAAUCCUUUAGUUAUCACUUUCGCCGGCUUGAUGUCGAUUUGGUCAACCUUUUUCCUGGAAUUGUGGCGUAGAAAAGAAGCAAUGUUGCAGAUUAGGUGGAAUUUGAGGUCGGUCGAAGCGGAUUGUUCCAUGAGGCCACAGUUUGAAGCAAAGACGACACAUUAUAAAAUUUCGAAAAUAACCGGGAAUUUAGAACCGUAUAUGCCGAAAAAGGUCCAAUGUGCGAGAUACACUCUCUCAGCGUCUGCUAUAUUAUUUCUGAUGUUACUGAUGAUUCUCGGAAUGUUUGGGAUUAUGGUUUAUAUCAAAACCGUCGCCGUGGUGUUGACAAGUAGCGACAAACAUAUUUUGACUAUAAAUCCAACACUGGUAGCAUCGGCGUCUGGAUCGUUUCUCUCACUUUGUUUUAUUCUUAUUUUCGAAAUGUUAUAUGGGAAAAUAGCUACAUGGCUGACUGAUUUGGAGAAUCCAAGGACGCAAGUUGAUUAUGACAACUCUUUCACUUAUAAAAGUUAUGCUUUAGCUUUUGUCAAUAAUUACGCCGUUAUAUUUUACAUCGCUUUCGUGAAGGCCAGGUUCUACACCCACCCUGGUGAUGAACGUCUUUGGACAACAGCAGGUGGUAUAGGAUCGGAUUUGUGUAACCCAGCUGGUUGUAUAAUCGAAUUAGGAAUACAUUUAGUAACAAUUUUAAUCGGCAAACAGAUAGUUCUAACGGGCAAACAAUACAUAAUCCCCAAAAUAAAAAAUUUAUUGCGGAGGAUGCGAAAACACAAAAAUAGGAAUCUCAAAGUGACGUUACAGUGGGAAAGCGAUUAUCUACUGAAUCCGUAUAAAAAGUACCACAUUAUGCAGGAGUACAUGCAAAUGAUUAUUCAAUAUGGUUUCGUGACAUUCUUCGUCGCUGCUUUUCCCCCAGCCCCCCUAUUGGCACUUUUCAACAAUUUGAUCGAACUUAGAAUAGAUGCCAUUAAAAUGACUCGAGCUUUUCGACGUCCUGUUGCUUUCAAAGUCCCGAAUUUGGCUGCUUGGAAUGGGAUUUUAAAAGGAGUGACUUAUAUAGGGGUUGCUACAAAUGCAUUUGUAAUCGCUUUUACCAGCGAAUUUGUCCAAAGGAACAUCUACAAGACGACUGUAAGUAGUGAUUUGGUCGGAUUCGUAAAUACUACAAUCUCAGUUUUUAAUGUCAGUGAAUUUUUAUUGGACUUUGGAACCGCAGGCAAUCUAACUGUGUGCUAUUACCCUGGAAGAAGGUAUCCUCCGGAUCAUCCAAGCAAGUACGAGUUGACUGAAGAACACUGGUAUAUUCUAACAAUACGAUUUCUUGCAGUAGUUGUUUUUGAACACAUUGUGAUGCUGAUAACAGGAAUAAUAGCCUAUAUCAUCCCUGAUAUCCCAUUUUCGGUUAAGGAACAUAUAAAUUACCAGAGAGAUCAGUUCAAGGCAAUUAAAUUGAAAGCUUUGCAAGAAACCUACUUGAAGGAGCAGGAAAAGAAGAAAUUACAUAUUUUCGAUCUAACGUAAUUCUAAGUUUAUUAAAUUGUGUAAGAUGGUCAACCAAAUAAACAUU